GAUCAUUUUCUCUGUUUUUGUAAAUAUAUUUGACUAAAAAUUGAUUUCAAGUCAUUGUACAAUACAUAAAAAUGUCUUUUAACGUCGAUUGGGAUGUAGAAAGUCACCGGGAAGAGCAUGAAAGUGAGGAACAUUGGCAUUUAAGGAAGCUGUUUAUGGAAAAAUGGAAAACUGACUAUCCUGAACAAAGAUUAGUGUGUUUAGCAAGAGUUUUUGCAAAUAUGGAGUUAUUGGGAUGUAGAUAUCCAACUGAAGUUAUGCAGGAAGUGGCCGGGCUCUCUCAUGAUAUAGCUCAAGCAUAUAGAAAUUCACGUAACAACAAAUUGAAACGCACAUUUGUAUCAGCAUCAACAGCCGCUGAAGACAGAGCCCGUGGCAUCAAACGAAAGGGUGGAAUUGUUGAAGACGUACAGUCUUCAAAAUCUGCCAAAAUUAGCUUCGUACCACAAGGAUUCGUCGCCGCAAACCCUAGUAACGAAACACAGUUGAUUCAAGAAAAUUCGGAUUUUGACAGUGAUACAGGAAUUGUAGACUCCAAUAAUGAUAGAUUAAGAACCGAUGAGAAGAAAUCUUCGCAAGUGAUAGACGCAAAUGAAUAUCUUAAAGAUAUGUUAAAAGUGAAAUGUUUGAACAUACGGCAUUUUCAUGACGGCAUGUUCAAUACUGCUUUUGGAUGGAUGGUGUUGUUGAUUCGACCAUGGACUAGCAAAUUUACUAAUAUACAAUCCAGCUGCCAAGCGUGCAAUCUAGAAUUAAGUAGCUCAUACGUAAACAAUUGCUUCUCCCUCACCAUCAAUGGGAGGCUGUUGGCACAAGCCACAGGGUCUAGCAAGGCAGAGGCCAAGAGUAUUGUUGAGACAAUGGCAUGGAACCAAACACCAAACUCGCAUUACCACGAGCUGAUCGGUUCCUCGAUACACGUCAAAGGAGCCAAAUAG